AUGAAUUAAGACACAACUAAUGUGAUUUUGGUAGUGAUCACAAACAAAGCUAAUAAGACUCUAGGACAUGAUAAAUACUAUAAAGUAUUUAGUCAAUUUGGGACAAUCCAACGAAUGCUAAUUUUUGAGAGAUCAUUAACUUGGAAGACAUUUGUUGAAUUCGAAUUUCCUGAAUCUGCCAACAAAGCCAGAUAGAUCAUGAAUGAUAAAUUGUUCUGCGAUGAUCCCUAAUUGCCAAUGAAUGUGUAUGCUAGUAAACUAACUUAUAUCACAUUCCAAGAAAACAACACUGGUGGAGUUGAUUACACAUAACUAAGGAAAUCUCAGUAGCCAGCCUCUUAAACACCGUAGUAAUAGAUGCCUAUUCAGUUGUUGUAAUCGCAAAUGCAAUUUUAGAAUUAAAUGUCUUAAUAAAUUCAACAAAUCAAUUCAGUCAUGGGAUAACUGCAAUUAGUAAGUGCUGAAGGAUUUUCUAUCGCUACAGUUUCAUCCAUUGAUCUCUAAUCUCAAAUUGAGAAAUAGUAGUAAUUGCUUAACUAAAUCUUUGAAUACUAAACCAAUUUCUAACAUUUAACUGAUCAAUAUCAAAAUUUUCUACAAGGAGUAAAUAAAUCUGAGGAUUCUCAAUCAAUAAGUGUUUAAUAAAAAUAAUCAAACAGGAAAAAAUUAACUUUGCCAGCUGAACAAUAGAACAAAAAUGAUCAAAUAGAAUUUUUGCAAAGCUAUUAAGAUAAUAAUAAUAUUGAAACACUUGACAAUUGUCAGGAAGAUGACUUAAAGUUUUAAGACUUAUGUCUGAAAGAAUCAGAUGAGGAGAUAGUUGGUUCUGAAGAAAUUGAUGAUGAAGAUGAUGAAGAUUAACAUAAUGAAUUUCUAAAGUACUUCGAAUCCAACUCAGAAAACAAGAAUUAAUUUUCAAAUUUUCAAUCAGCUUUCGAAAAACCAUAAUAACAAACCUAAAUUGUUUAAUAAAUUUCAUAACCAAUAUCUUAACCACCCUAGAGAUAGGAUUAGGAUCAAUACAGAAACAAAAUGAUUAAAAUGCCUGUCUCCAAGAGUAUGACCUUACAAUAAGUAGAAAGAUAGCAAUUUGAAAAGAUGUAAUCUAGUGCUGAUAAUUUAGAUGAUAAUUCUAAAUCACUUCAAUCCAAGAGAUCAAAGGUUAUCUAUGCAAGAUGGUUCGAUAAAAAAGUAGUUACUUCCCAAAUGCUCUACAAUUUAUUUAGUAUAUAUGGCAAUAUUGAUAAAAUGAUCUAUUUAAAGGAAAGAUCAAGUGCUUUAAUACAAUAUAUGACAUAUGAUUAUGCAGCUAUCGCUAAAGAAUCUCUCAAUGAUAUCAUGUUCUAUGGACAAUCAAUCAAAAUAUUUUUUUCAAAUUACGACGAAAUAUCUUUAAAAACCUAACCUAGCAAGCCAGGUGAGUACACUUAAGAUCUUAAAGCUUAAGAGGAGUAUUUUUAGGGAGGAGAAGAAACUCAUCGAAUCAAACCUGAUAGUACCUACACUCUAGCACCUCCAUGUGACACUAUCUAAGUGUCUAACUUAACUAAGAAUUCUUGUUAAUUAAAUAUACUCUAAUAGUAUUUACAAGAGUAUGGAAUCAUCAAGUAGUCCAAAAUCAUCACAAAUGCAAUGAAAUACAUGGCCAUUCUCAAAUUUGCUAGCACCGAAAUUGCUUUAACAGUUUUGGUGAAAAAUAAUGGACUGGAAUUAGAUGGUAAACCCAUCCAAAUUAAUUUCUCAAAAUAAAAACUAAUCUGA